GAGGGGCCCACUUUUAGUUUUUUAACCUUUUUCAUGAUGCACGCAUCCCUUCAUACAUCUUCAUAGGUUAGCAGAAGAAGAACAGAGAUAAUAAACAGAGAGAAAAGAAAGGAAGAGAGAGAGGGAGGUGAUAGACCGGGUAGACUCAGAACUUUGCCGGGCACAAAAGAGUGAUUUUUUUUUUUUUUUUUAAUUUUUCUGAAAUAGUUUUGUAGGAUAGACUGAGGAUAGGACAAACCAAAAUUGAAUAACAAAAGCAAUGGACCUGUCUUGUCCUGUGGCCUAGUAGUAUAGUCUCUACAGAAGAAGGUUUGCCUUGUUUAGUGGGAGAAGUGAAAAAAAACAAGAGGGGAAAAAAAGGGGGAAACACAGAGUGAAAAUUAAAGCCUAUGGGGAGCUGAAGGAAAUUUUUGUUCUUUCUCUUUUCUUUUUUUCAGUCUCUCAGUCUCAUAUGGAGGAUUUCGAAAGGAAGAGGAAAGAUUGGUGGGGUGUGAAGAGUUCAUCUGUCUGGUCUAUUAAUGGGUUUUUCAGUACAUUCAUGGCGGAUGCUUCUAUAAUUUCUCACUUUCGAUUUACUUUUCUUUUUCAAGCAACUCCAUUCUCGUUUUGAAGCUUCUUUUUAAUUUGGGGGGAAUUCUGAAGUCUUUUAGGAAGAUGAUAGGAAUGCAGUUUAAUAAUUCCAACGUGCAAGCAAAAGGGGUGCCGGAAGUUAAUUCUUGUUUUCCUUCUUCAAUCUCGGUUUCCGGUGCCGGAGCAGGAGGAACAAAGGUGAAGAAAGACGGAAACUUUGAACCAAUAUCUGUACUGGACCCAAGGAGUCCCAGUCCUUCAACUUCAACUUCCACUCUUUCUUCCUCUUGUGGAGGCACUAACGGCGGUGGUGGCGGAGGAACGAACAGCGGCAGCACCGGCAACCUAGUUGUGGGUUCUUCUUCCUCUGUAGCAAGAACUGCUGUACCCUUGCAAGAACCAAACCUGCCUGCAACUGAGGCCAACAAUGGUGGUGAAGGUGGACAACAGAAGGAGGAAUGGGUAUCUACGCUUCAUGGACUUCAAGCUGGGUUCGAGUUGAGCAAACAUGGGAGUCUUGGUUUGGAUUGGGAGAGUAUUAUCUCUGAAUCUGCUGCUGGUGUUGGUGUUGGUGGCCAGGACCAAUGGAUAUACAGUGAUGAUGUUGUUGCCGAAGAAUCCAACUCGAAGCCCUUUUUGUUACAAGGCAGUGCAGUUGGUGGGAAUUCUUCUUCUAAUGUUGAGAUUGAUGUAAACGGUCCAAAUGGGGUUUUUGGUGGUUCUGCAGGAUUUGAGGCCAUGGCCAGCGCCGUUGUUAUUGGUGGCGGCGGCGGUUUAUCUGCCGGUACCGGUAAUGUGGUACCUAUUACAAAUUCUGGUAAAUUGGAGGCCAUUAGUCCAUUUAACAACUUUAGUCAUCCUCAAAAUCAGAGCUUCUCGCUCUCUUUACCGGCUGCGGCCAAUAGUAAUCUGCUCUGCCUGCCUAAUGCUACUCCCAACAUUGCUCACCAACAACAGUUACAAUUUGCCAUGGAACAACAUAAGUCUCAGAACUUAAUGCCAUUAAUGAGUAGCACUCCACAGUUCCAAAAUGCUCAGCAAAAUUUCAAUCUGUUGAAUUCAUUGUUGUCUCGGCCUAAUCAAGAGUAUUCUCCUCAGCCAAAGCGUCAAAAUUUAGGCAAUGGAGGAGGAGGCUCUUUCUCGGGUUCACAGAUCCCUCAAAUCCCUCUUCUUGAUCCAGAUCCUGCAUCUCUUUUGAGGAAGCAGCAGCAAGAGCUUUACCUUGGUUUAGGCCAGCACCAAUUGAAGCCGUUCUUGGUGCCGAAGCAGGAAGUUCCUGAUGGUGGCAAUGUUAUCAUUGGCAGUCCUCCACCAAUGGUGGCUGCCCGGCAGCUUCAGCUUCAGCAACAACAGCAGCAGCAGCAGGUGGUUUACGACCAGCUCUACAAGGCUACAGAGUUGACUCUGGCUGGAAAUUUCGCACACGCGCAAGGGAUAUUGGCGCGGCUCAAUCACCACCUCUCUCCUGCUGUGAAGCCAUUUCAAAGGGCUGCUUUCUUUUUCAAGGAAGCCCUGCAAAUGUUUCUGCUUAUGCCCCCCAACCGAGCCUCGAAGAUUCCUACUCCGUUGGAUGGUUUCUUCAAAAUGGGAGCUUAUAAAACGUUCUCUGAUGUUUCACCCCUCAUCCAGUUCAUGAAUUUCACCUCCAAUCAGGUUCUUCUUGGAGCCAUUGAAGAUAAUGCACAGCAUGUUCAUAUUGUUGACUUUGAUUUUGGGUGUGGCGCUCAAUGGUCUUCAUUCAUGCAAGAGCUUCCUAGGAAGAUUAGAGGGUCAGGGGCAGGGCCGCCUUCUUUGAAAAUCACUGCAUUUGCAUCUCCUUCGAGUUAUGAUUCGGUUGAGAUUAGCCUUAUUCAUGAAAGUCUCUCACAGUUUGCCCUUGGUCUUGGCAUUAAGUUCGAGCUUGAGGUUGUGAAUUUUGAUUCUUUCGAUCCAAGCACUUACCCGGCCUCUUCAUUCCGGUCAUCUCAGAGUGAUACUAUUGUUGUGAACUUCCCUCUUUGGUCAAUUUCCAGUCGACCCUCGAUCCUUCCCUCGCUCCUGUGCUUCAUUAAGCAACUCUCUCCCAAAGUUAUGGUAGUGUUGAAUCAGGGUUGUGAAAGAUUCGAGCUACCGCCUUCGCCUCAUUUGCUUAAUGCACUUCAGUACUAUGAGGUCCUCCUUGACUCUAUUGACGCCGCACACAUGCCUUCGGAUGGAGCUAAGAAGAUUGAGAGGUUUCUGAUUCAACCAAAUAUCGAGAGCAUUGUCUUUGGUCGAAUGCAAUGCCCAAACCAAAUCCCACCUGCAUCAAACCUCUUGGCAUCUGCAGGGUUUUCCACAAUGUCACUCAGCAACUUUGUGGAAACUCAAGCUGAGUGUGUUGUGUCACAUUGUCAAGUUCGGGGAUUCCAUGUUGAGAAGCGCAAACAGGGUUCGUCUCUUGUGCUAUGUUGGCAGCAUCGCGAGCUAUUGUCUGCUUCAAUUUGGAAAUGCUGAUCGAAGCAGGGAAUGAGGGGAAGUAUCAGUUGUCGAGCAAGGAGGAAUGAAGGAGAAUUAGUGCUGUAACUUGUGAAGGUCCUGACUAACUUUCACUCUUCCAAUAUUGCAGCAGUUAGAAUUCUGAAAUUGAAAUGGUGUCACAUUUCUAUGCUAGUGGUUAAUUGUAAUAUUAUUCUCUUGCUUGCAUCUGUUUUUGUUAUUAAUCAAACCUGGUGACUGUUGGAUUUCGCUCGAUAGAGCUAUAGUCUAAUCUCAAGUUUUAGUUUCUUGGUAGUCUUAGUAGGAGUAAUUCGAACAUCUUGUUCGUAUGUAUCAUGGAUAUUAAAGGCUGCGUAGUUUAUGUUAUUCGUGCUUUUCGCAAGUAUCUGGUCUAAACCACAAUUAUACUUAUUCCUUGAGACAGUCUAUCUUAUAGAUUUUGGAAAAGAG